AUGUCUGUGCCAGCAUCAGCCCAGGUGCCUCACACCAUACGACCUGUUGGGAGCUGCUUUAGGUUGCAUCAACUAUCUGCGCAGAAUUUGGACCAAUGUCGCAGAUGGUGGGGGACUGGAAAGAAGAUGAUUCUUUCCACUCGUGGUGUGCUUGAAUCCAGCAAUGGUGCACAUUCUGGUGGCCUUAUGAAGAAAAGAAAGAUUGUGGAGCACAUUAUUCUGCUUAGAGCCAAGCCAAACAUCUCAGAUGCCGAAGAAAAAGAUAUGCUGGACUACCUAUAUACAUCACAAUACCAGAUGAGAGGGAUUCUCGCAGUCUCAUUAGGCCGCAUAGAGGACCCCAACAGCGAGAAUUUCACACACGCUGUCUUCAUGCGUUUUCAGCAGAAAGAAGACAUUGCAAAGUUCCAGAGCAGUGCAUACUAUUCGAAAGUUCUUGAUGAGCACGUAAAACCUGUUUCCUAUGGCUCGGUUUCUGUAGAUUUCGAGUCCGAGGUGGAAGAUGACAUUAUACCUCUCUUUCGUAGGGGAGAGGAUUUUAACUACGGUGUCGAGUUUAUGCUGCUGAUAUCUUUCUUUAAGACUGCAUCUAGAGAGGCAACGGAGGAUGCGUUAGCUUCUCUUCAGAAGUUGAUCAGCCAAUGCAGCUCUUUUAUUGUGCAGGCAACCUGUGGCUGCUGUUUGGAUCAUCCGGAUAAUGGAUACAAUCAUGCUGCAGUAAUCCGUUUCCCAUCAUUUGACGACUUCAAGCUGUUCAGGGAGAGCAUGGAGUACAAGGAUAUGUGGGCAUCGAAGUUCCACCCGAUCGUGGAGAAAUCUCUGCACCUGCAUUUCACCGUUGACCCCGUGGGGAACCAGCUGAUGUAG